CCGCCAUCUCUCCACUUGGACCAUCGACUGUGCCAUGUUCGGCCUCGGGUUAAACAGCGGCCUCAGCCUUUCAGGCCUACCCCUGAAGCACCUCGUUCUGGGCUUCAGCUUUGUCAUCUUUGGCUGGGAAAACUACCUCGCGUACCGUCAGCAUCGCAGGCUCAAGGAAACCGCCGUCCCCAAGGCUCUCGGCGAUAUCGUCACCCAGGAGACCUUUGACAAAGCUCAGGCUUAUGGUCGCGACAAGUCGACCUUCAGCUUCUUCUCUGGCCUUUAUCAGCAACUCCAAACCACACUCGUCUUUUCCUUCGAUGUUCUUCCCAAGUUCUGGACCCUGGCUGGCGGCUGCCUUGCCUACUUCGGCUUGGGUGGAAACGAGAUUGCCCAAUCCAUUGCCUUCCUUGCUCUGACCUCCCUGGCUUCGACUGCUAUAAACAUGCCCUUCUCCCUCUACUACACCUUCGUCGUCGAAGAAAAGCAUGGGUUCAACAAACAAACUCUCUCUCUGUACUUCUCGGACCUGGCCAAAACCGUUCUGCUCACUGGUGUCAUCGGCGGCCCCCUCGUAUCGGCCUUCCUGUGGAUCAUCAAGAAAACCGGCAAGAACUUCUUCUUCUACGUGUGGCUCUUUACCCUCGUGUUCCAGCUCGUGUUCGUCACCAUCUACCCGACCUUGAUCCAGCCUCUCUUCAACAAGUUCACUCCUCUUGAAGACGGUCCCCUGAAAGAGAAGAUCGAGGCUUUGUCUGCCCGCGUCAAGUUCCCGCUCACCAAGCUCUUUGUUGUCGACGGAAGCAAGAGAUCUAGUCACUCCAACGCCUACUUUUUUGGAUUCUUCAAAAACAAGCGCAUCGUUCUGUUUGACACCCUGCUCGAGCAGUGCAACCACGAGGAAAUCUGCGCCGUUCUUGCUCACGAAAUCGGCCACUGGAAAAUGAGCCAUAUCCUGAAAAUCCUCGCGAUCUCUCAAGUCCAGCUCUUUGGCAUCUUCUACCUGUUCUCGAGAGUGAUUAACCAUACUCCCCUCUACUCGGCCUUUGGUUUCGACACCAAGCCCAUCAUCAUUGGCUUCCUGCUCUUCCAGUACAUUUACACCCCCGUGGAGUCGAUCUCUGGCUUCUUGAUGAACCUGCUCUCCCGCAAGCACGAGUUUGAGGCUGACGCCUAUGGCAAGCAGCUCGGAUAUGCAGACACCCUGAAGUCGGCUCUCGUCAAGCUGCAGAUCAAGAACCUUGGCAACAUGAACCCCGAUAAGAUGUACUCUGCCUGGCACUAUAGCCACCCUCCUCUCGUCGAGCGACUCGAGGGCUUGGCCAAGGCUGAGUGAACAAGCCGGCUGGCCACUGGCCUCAAAGCCAACGAAGCCAGCGAAGCCAGCGAAGCCGAUCCGGCUGUAAUUUAGACCUCCGCGCCGUGCUCGUGUAUACGACUGUAAUGCGAAUGGUAUUCAAUAAACUAUCGGACGUCAUUCUGUUCAAAGAUA